GAAAUAAUUAUGUAAAAUUAGCUGUCCCAAAAUCGAGGGCUGUAUCGCAAUUUUCUCCAAAAGCAAGGGCACUUCUGUUUUCUAAACUAUUAUACACCACCGUAGCCUCCAUUAUGAGGUGCUCACUUCGAUAGAGGAGAGUCACAGUCUCACAGAGAAAGCAAAAACAAAGAGAGACAAAACCAUGUGUCCAACAACCAAGCAAAAACAUCGGAGCUCCGUCGCCGAUCACGUCGGAAAAUGCUCCAGAUCCGACGAGCCCACACCCCCCCCCGCCGAUUGGAUCUCCGAGUCCAUCCACAGCGGAUCACUGCGCCACGUGGACCUCACCACCGGAACCAAUGGCUGGGCCUCACCUCCCGGCGACCUAUUCUCUCUCCGCACAAAGAACUACUUGACGAAAAAGCAAAAAGGCCCCGCCGGCGACUACCUACUCACGCCGUGCGGCACAGACUGGCUCAGAUCCAGCACCAAACUCGAUAACGUACUCGCCCGCCCCGAUAACCGCGUGGCCAACGCGCUGCGGAAGGCCCAGGCCCAAGGCAAGUCGAUGAAGAGCUUCAUUUUCGCUGUGAAUCUACAAGUCCCCGGUAAGGACCAGCACAGCGCGGUGUUCUACUUCGCCACAGAGGAUCCUAUCCCCUCCAGCUCGCUCCUAUACCGGUUCAUCAACGGGGACGACUCGUUCAGGAACCAGCGGUUCAAAAUCGUGAAUCGGAUUGUGAAAGGGCCGUGGAUCGUCGAGAAGACGGUGGGGAAUUACAGUGCGUGUUUGUUGGGGAAGGCGCUGACUUGUAAUUACCAUAGAGGACCUAACUACCUUGAAAUUGACGUGGAUAUCGCGAGCUCGGGGAUCGCGAAGGCCAUUCUGAGACUCGCAUUGAGAUACGUGACUUGCAUUACGAUUGACAUGGGGUUUGUGGUGGAGGCGCAGGCAGAGGAUGAGCUGCCCGAGAAGUUAGUCGGCGCGGUCAGGGUUUGCCAGAUGGAGAUGUCGUCGGCGACGGUGGUGGACGCGCCGCAUGGUCCAGCCGUAGCGCGUGGACUGAGCUUUGCGAAGGUGAAUCAUCAUAAGUCCGGCGACGACGACGACGACUGAAACUCGUAAACGGCGGUAGCUUUUAAUUGUUUCCUUUUUUCGUUAAUUAAAAAAAAAGUUUUAAAUUAUUUGUUGUUAAUUGUAAGUCGUUUGAGGGUGGGGUAAGUCCUUUUUUCAUGGGGAUUAGUGGAAUGACGAUGUAGAUAAUAAAAUGAAAUGGUAACAACAAAUAACAAUGCAACUGAUUACUCA